AAUCACCUCCGGGAUUUUUAUUUUUUCUUAAACAAACCAAAAACCACUGAAAAUUUUGAAAAAAAAAAAUGUUUUCUUAGUUUUUGUUAUAAGAUUUUGUAAAUAAGUGAUUUUUCUCCUUCACUGAUGUGUGCUAAUGAGGCUGCACUGAUGGACACUGAUAGGCGGCACUGAUGCACACUGAUAGGCGGCACUGAAUGGCACUGAUAGGUGGCACUGAUAGGUGGCACUGAUGGGCAUUGAUAGGCA